GAGUCUCUAUCUGCUCCUCAUCCUUAACCAUCCUUGAAUCCUCAUUUCUCCAGGGUCGCAUACCCUCAUCUUGACGCAGCAGACCUACGCGGGUUGCGUAGAAGAUGUCGUCUGCUGCAUUGCAGUCAGCCUCACACCAGCCAACGUCCCUGCCUACCUUGAACACCCCGUCGCCUGCUGGCGCUUCGGCAUCACAACGUCAAUACGCCCCGACACACUCUCCCAGCCGAGAAGGCCGUCUUGCUGCUAGUCGAGACAACGCAAAUGCUUCGCCCGCAUCUUCGAGGCGACCAUCGAGACGGCCGAGCGGAAACAGUGCGAACGCGACGAGUCCGAUCCCGACCCACGCCGAACAGGCCCAAUCAUCUCCGAUGACGUCGCGUACCGCCCUAGGUUCACCAAUACCGGUGACGGGUGGCUCGGCCGAGCAGGAGAAGUCAAGUCGCCGGAAGAAUGAACCUCCCGUUGCACCCCCCCGGACCUCAUCUACGCAGCAUUCCACUUCUGGAGCACCUAAUCCCCGAAGAGCGGCCCGUGCAGAAGAACGGGCGGCGAAUUCCCCCCGACGGACGCCGGGAGAUGGCAGCAAGAGUGGCGCAAAUGGGCAACUAGAAUCCUCAAGGGGAACAUAUGAUGACCCGAGUUCCCGAAGUCGCAGGGCGGCAUCCCAGCAUCUCAUGCAGGAGCCUACCCAACGAACCAGCAGCAACAAGGACCACCGUCAGACCGUCACGACUACUAUGCCUGUGAGAACGGCGACGGCCUCUUCAUCGAAGCAGCCGUCGCGUGAAGCCAGCGAGGUCAUUAGUCGGGUCGUUAUCUCCCAGCCGGAGGACGACAUCGAGCGUGAAAAGGAACGCUUGAGCGAAGCACAGGCUCAAGACACGGGACACCACGUCAUUGACGACGACGACGACGACGACGCUUCCCCCCUUCCGGUCGCUAGCGCCAGCGGAUCGCACGAGGAUGGCCGCCGCGGCGGUCGAAGUCGCCACGACCAUUCCAAACGGGAGAAGACUUCGAGAUUCGCAGACUACUAUUUGGGGAACACGAUUGGCGAAGGAGAAUUCGGCAAAGUGAAAUUAGGUUGGAAACAAGACGGUGGCGUUCAGGUUGCCAUCAAACUCAUCCGACGGGAUAGCGUGGGAAAUAACCCUUCGCGACUCGCCAAGAUUUAUCGCGAGGUAGCUAUCCUUCGCGGUCUAUCACAUCCUAACAUUGUUAGGUUGCACGAGAUGUCCGAAACGGAACGUCACAUAGGAAUUGUUUUGGAGUACGCUUCGGGUGGAGAGCUGUUCGACUACAUCCUCAACCAUCGAUAUUUGAAAGAUGGUCCCGCUCGGAGGCUUUUCGCUCAGCUCAUCUCGGGUGUGGGGUAUUUACACAAGAAGGGCAUUGUUCAUCGAGACCUGAAGCUUGAAAAUCUACUGCUCGAUCGAAAUCGCAACAUCAUCAUCACCGACUUUGGCUUCGCCAACACAUUCGAUGCCAACGACGAACUCACUGAGGACGAGGAACUGAACCUGUCUGACCGGGACUUCGUCAAGCGUUCCGGCCUCGACAAGACGAAGCCCAACGGGAUGCGCAGGGGCGAUCUGAUGCAAACUAGUUGUGGCAGCCCCUGCUAUGCUGCGCCAGAGCUGGUGGUUAGCGACUCGCUAUAUACAGGCCGGAAGGUCGAUGUGUGGAGCUGCGGUGUUAUCCUCUAUGCUAUGCUUGCCGGAUAUCUACCCUUCGACGACGACCCGGCUAAUCCCGAAGGCGAUAAUAUCAACCUCCUUUACAAGUACAUCGUGAAUACCCCUCUGACAUUCCCCGAAUAUGUCACUCCCCACGCGCGAGACCUCCUACGUCGUAUACUUGUUCCCAGCCCGCGGAAACGUGCAGACCUUUUUGAAGUAGCGCGACACAGCUGGUUGAGCGAGUACGCGCACGUAGUGGAGCUCAUUACUAGCACUACAACCACCAGCAGCGAGAUUCAGAACACCACCGUGCCAACCGAGGAUGCGGAUGCCGGGUCCUUGGCGAGAAGUGCAUCCGUGAGAGAAUCAUCUAGGACGAAGUCGGCUGCUGCCGCCACUAGCGACUCGUCGCGGAAACCGGGCAAGGCGGAUGCGGAGGAGCAGGCGUACGGAAUGCCGCCUAAGGAUAACAAACGACGAACUGUUCAAGUGGAAUAUGUGGCUCCCGUGACUCAGACUCAGAGAGGAGUUGAACAGCCGCUCGACGCCCACGCCACGCCCCGUGGAAAGACGCGGGCGAGGUCUUCUAGUCAAGGCCCCGUCGAAGUUCAUUCUCAACCGGCUGACAAGCCCUUGCCGAGGGAUCCGCCAGUCUCGAGAGAUGAUUAUUCCGCCUCCUCGCGGGACCCGCGGAAGCCACCUAGCUCCCAUCGUCGUGACGCGCCGCCUCCGAGGACAAAUGUACCUCGUACUACAUCUGAUAAUGGCUAUAUGACCGCGCCCACCAUCGCCAGCACGUCUGGGACACGACCAACCACCGGAGGUUCGAUGCACUCAAACGCGUCGAGGCUGGCGUCGUCUACGCGAGGAUCGUACGGCCAACCAUUGCCCCCAGCCGUUGCCGGCACUAACGUUCACGGAAGCAUACAACAACCCAAGGGAGGUGCGAAGAACUACGUCAUCUCCAACCCGAUACCCCAGGAGACGCCCGACAUGGAUUUCGGCCGGCCGAGCGUCUCUGUGCCGCCGAAGUUUGCACAGGUGUCGGGCGUCGCCCCGGGCCAACAGCAGUCUGGAGAGGCUAAGGGCCACAGGAGAUCCAACACGAUUGGCGAAAUCGGCGGUAAGAUUUUUGGUCGUAACGGGUCUAUUUUUGGCGGACGUAAGAAGCGGCCUGACCAGCAAGGAGAGAGACCAUCGAAGAAGUAUCCUCCGAUUAGCAUGACAAAUGCUCUGCCGGGCGACUCGAGAACUUCUAUGGACUCCCGCGCUUCGAGGAGAUCCUUCACGUUGGGACUGGGCAAGAAGCGGAGCGGCAGCAUAGCCGGAUCGCAAGUAUCAUUGGAGAAGCCAAACCGCCGUUUCUCGCUCCUGAAAGCGAUGGGUUUGGGUCGAGAGCCGGAAGCAUCGCCACUCGACGCUUCCCAGCAGGAUCUUCCCAUUCAGGAACCCCCUGACGCUGAUGAAUACAAUCGGUAUGUCGACACCCAACAGGGACGCGGGAAUACGGCACAGCAGUACGGAGAUGGGACCUAUGAACUACAAUCGCCACGUUUUGCCUCGGCUUCCCAAUCCGAGUCGAACCCAAGCCCGAUCCAGCAGCGGUUUCCGUCCAACUCGAGACCGACGCCCAUUCCGCCCUACCUGCAGCAGGGUGCGGUCCCGAAUUCGGGCUCGGAGUCAUCGAUCGAUCAAGGUCACCGGAAACCACCAAGCUCAGCGCCUUAUCAAGGGAGCUACGACUCCGAGCCGUACGAUCCGCGUCAGUCGUCGGGUCGCGGGAGCCGUGUCCUGCAGAAAAACCGGAGGUUUGUGGACGCCUACGACGGAGAAGAGUACGGAAGACCUCACGACCACGCGGGCAGCAGUGGCGCGGCGAAGAGGGUGAUGGACUUCUUCCGGAGGCGAGGGCGAGCACGAGGCGGCGAGCCUUAGGAGGAGGAGAGGGCUUGGUGAGAUUUCUUACCGAUAGAAAGGACGUCCCGAUGGCGCGACAAAGAAAUACGUUACCAAACUCAACUCAGGACUCUGCGGGUGCGCGCUAGGGUACCAAAACUAACUGAAAUUGCUUCCCCCAACUUUUUGGACGCUGAUGAUACCUUGUUCGUCGCCGUCUUAUAUCCUACGUUACCAUCUUGUAAUACGGGAAGACGCGCCGUUCCCGAACCCGAUCUAAUUUUAUUCUGUUGUGCGUGUGGGGGAGAGGGGGGGAGGGUAGCGGUUGAUGGAGGGCGGUCAUUUAGUACUCGUCGGGCCGAGCGGCCCCUCGGACGCCGUGAACCUCAAGUUUGGAA